AAGCCGGGGAAUAGUGGAAUAGCCUUCGUGGUUCUACGCAGCUUACUUUUUCUAUUUCCGUCAAUACAAAAAAUUCAUCUGAAACGUAGUCUGCUGCGCUGUUGUCUACGAAAAUAAUCCCUCUCGCUUCAAGUUGAACCUUGAAAGAAUUUACACAACAUUUCGUUUUUUUUUUGUUCUUUAGUGCAUGUGGAAUGGCCAUAGCAUGAUGAGUGCCAAGGAAGAUUCAGAAACUCUUCGGAUUGAAACACUCCGAGAAAGAAUUUUCUUCGCUGCGAGAGACGGACUCGCAAUUACCCUCUAUGCUCUUCUCUCGGAGCUCAGCCCAUCUCAACAAUCUGAAUUACUUAGCCAGGUUUCAGAAGAGCAAGGUCAAAGAUGUACACCAUUAUUAAUUGCAGCACGAAAUGGCAAAGAAAAUGUAGUCAAAAUGCUUCUGAGUCAAUUCAAACCAGACAUUGAACAAGAGGGAGAUGUAAAGUUUGAUGGAUAUUUGAUUGAAGGUGCUAGUCCUCUUUGGUGUGCAGCAGGUGCUGGACACCUGAAAGUUGUUAAAGCCUUGGUUAAAGCAGGAGCUGAUGUCAAUCAUACAACAAAGACUUUCUCUACUCCCCUUCGAGCAGCAUCAUUCGAUGGACGGUUGGACAUUGUAAAAUAUUUGAUCGAACAUAAAGCCGAUAUUCAUUUGGCCAAUAAAUAUAACAAUACGAGUUUGAUGAUCGCAGCAUUUAAAGGACAUUUGGAAGUUGUAAAAUGUUUGUUGGAUCAAGGAGCAGAUCCCAAUCAGAAGGCGCACUGCGGAGCAACAGCUCUCCAUUUUUCUGCGGAGUGUGGACACGUCGCAAUAGUUCGCGAGUUAGUUGAAUUUGGCGCCAAAAUCACAUGUAACGAACAGGGAAUGUCUCCAUUACUCUGCGCGGCUGAAAGAACCAAAUCCGGAGUUGUCGACUACCUGCUUACUCGGCCAGAAUUUAGUCGGCAUGCUAGAAUAGAAGCAUUAGAGCUUUUGGGGGCGUCCUUUGCAAAUGAUAAAGACAGUUACAACAUUGAGCUGGCUUACAGCUACUUGUACCGAGCCAUGGCGAUGAGGUUUGAGGAUCCUGAGCAAAUCGUGACAAAGCAGCCCGUGGACCCGAUUGAAGCAUACGAAAAUUGGAGAGAAGUGCAAACUCUUGCCGAGCUGGAAUCAAUUCGUAACAGUCCAAACGCUAUUCACAUGGAGAGCCUAGUAAUUCGAGAGCGCAUACUGAGUAUAAACAAUCCGGAACUUCCUCAUCCUAUCGUUUUUCGUGGUGCUGUAUUUGCCGACGAUGCCCGCUUUGAUCGAUGCAUUGCUCUAUGGCUGCAUGCCCUACGUCUUCGCCAGCGAAUGCAACUAACAGUAUCCAAAGAUCUUCUUCGAUUCGCCCAGGUUUUCUCACAGGUGUUGCAUGUUGGGCUAGAAUUGCCUUUCGACGUUCUGGAAGAGGUUUUGGCUGCAACGGCCAUGGAACUUGAGCGAAAUCAAACAAAAAUAGCCAAUCCUGGUCCUAAAGAUGACGUCGAAGUAAUUGCGGAGGAGAUGGAUUGCAAUGUAACCACAGCUCUCUACUUAGUCACGAUAACAACUAAGUUAAUGUCCAAGGCCACUUCGCAACAAGAACACAACAUUUACCGGCAUGUAUUUAAACUCAAUCGACUUAAUAUUCGAACCAAAGAAGGUUCUUCCUUGCUGCAUUUGGCUGCCAGCGUUGAUACUCCCGUUGAUGAGUUUCACACCGUGGACAUUUGCAGAUUCCCUUGUGCUUCUACAUGCAAAUUAUUGAUCCAAUGCGGAUUUGAUGUGAACGCAAUGGACCAUCGGCGAAAUACGCCUCUGCAUCUUAUUGUUGGUUAUCCCAAACCAAUUAGUGAUUUUGUCACCCUACACUCUAUAAUUAUGACAUUAAUUGAAGCUGGGGCACACAUGGACGCCGUUAACUCGUUUGGGGAAACUCCUUUUGAUGCGGCUACUACAGGAGUAGCUGAAAUUAUUCUACGGACGCAGAGUAAGUUGAGUCUAAAAUGCAUAGCCGCUAAAGCCAUUAAAAGGUACGCCCUUAACUACGAGGGUUUAGUACCUACACCUCUUGAAAGUUUUAUCGAGCUUCACGGAUCAGGAACUGGACUGCGUUAAGUCUUUCAUACUGUACUGUAAUUACUGAAUCUCUCUAAGGUGCGCUGGCUAUGCUUCGUUACGUUUUCUCCACACAUUUUUCUUUCGUUCACUCAUGAACAGUGCGAGUUGAACAAAAUUGCGUAUUAGGAGGUAAGAUCUAUACAUAAUGUCCAUUGAGUCUUUCUCCUUUUUUUGGCUAACUUUAACAAUGUAUGAAUUGAAAUGUUUUGUUUCUCUUUCAUAAACAUAGAAGGAAUGUA